AUGCCGCCACCGGUGAUGUGCCAUCCGGCCAAGCACCAGCAGAGACAGAGGGCUGAGGCAUCCAGAGUUGUCAGUAGAGUAACUGAACUGCUGUCCUUAUUUAAUGAUCGAGUGAUCGCUCUACCCUCGGAUCAGAUCACAUCACAGCACAGGAGUCUGUUGGAUGAGGCCAAGAAGCUGUCUCUGUCACUCUCCCAUCAUCAGCCAACAGAUGGGGGCUGGAAAUUGGUGUUGCUGUUUGUCUCAGCAGAUUCUUUGUGUGCCUGUUCACCACAGGCCGCUGCAGAUGUACAGGCAACUGUGCAGAAGGUGGAGGCAGCUCUGCAGCUAUUGCAGAAAAAUUUUAAUCACACCCUUGUUCAUGCUGUGGUCUGGAGCGCACAUCCUCAGCAAGACAACUGCUGUCAGCUUAUGAGAGAUGACUACAUCAACCAACGACUAAAGAAAGCCACUCUUGUAGCAGCGCUGCAGCAUUCACUUCAUCAAGUUUUGGCACACCCGAAGUGGCACAGUGACAGGGAGGACUUCGCUGUCCUGUUGCAGUCUGUCCCACUUAUCUAUGAGCCCAUCUCAGAUUCAGUGAGAAGUUUUUCUGCGCCAAACCAACUAGCUACUCAGCUGUGGGCUAAUAUGCUCCAGCCAAGGACGGGUGAAGCUAAAGCCAAGGAAGGUGAUAUCCUCAGUAUUCCCUGUCCUACUGAGGAGAAACCUUUCCUGCAGACAUGGAAAAAUUCCCCGGCCAAAACACAAGAGAAUGCCAGUCUUUCAUUUGAUCCUGUAAUGGGUACUGAGAUACCCUGCACAGAUCGGAAGCCAUCUCCUACUACUCCCACCUCAGUUCAUGAGCUCAGACCUGGAGAUAUCAAAGUGGUGGCAGCUGUGGGAGACUCCCUAACAGCCGCCAAUGGUGCAGGUGCAAAGAAAGACAAUCUUCUGUUAGUGAUGAAUGAAUACAGGGGACUGUCAUGGAGCAUUGGCGGGGAUGCCAACCUUAGCACUGUUACCACUCUUCCAAACAUCCUGAGGGAGUUCAACCCCACGCUGACUGGUUUCUCAGAGAGGAUAGGCAGUGAGGACAGUCCGGAGGCCUUCCUCAACCAGGCCGUACCAGGCGCUAAGACUAGUAACAUGGUCACACAGGUGCAGGUCAUAGUGGAUAAAAUGAAGAACGAUACGCGGAUUGAUUUCCAGAAUGAGUGGAAAGUGAUCACUAUGUUUAUUGGAGGCAAUGACAUAUGUGACUUCUGCACAGACACAGUUUAUUUCUCACCCGGAAAUGUGGUUGGUCGUAUUCGUGAGGCUCUGGACAUCCUGCACAAAGAGGUACCGCGGGCCAUUGUGAACCUAGUUGAGCUGUUACACAUUAUUCCCUUGCGCAGACUACACAGAGAGACGAGUUUGGGCUGCCCCACCUGGUUUGUAAAAUUAAUUUGUCCUUGUGUACUGAAGCCUACUGAGGGAUCUGCUGAACUGCAGAAGGUGAACGACUUCAACAGAGCGUACCAGCGUGCCACGCGAGAGCUAAUCGAUUCAGGGCGGUACGACACUCAUGACAACUUCACUGUGGUGCUGCAGCCCUUCUUCAGACAUGUCGUCCUGCCGACGCUAGAGGAUGGACGAGCUGACCGCUCCUACUUUGCUCCUGACUGUUUCCAUCUCAGCCAGAAAGCACACAGCCUGAUGGCUCGGGCCCUUUGGAAUAACAUGAUAGAGCCAGUGGGCAACAAGACUUUCACCCAAGAUUUCACAGCUGACAUCGAUUUGAAGUGUCCAUCCAAGACAUCCCCGUUUCUUAGGACUGCCCACAACAGUAACUACACCUUUCCAAGCCCUCCUCCUACUCCUCCUCCCAUCACGAACUGGGGCAGUGACUUCUCCUGUGUUGACACGGCUCCUUCUGACGCUGUGCCCACUUCAGUGCAUGAAUUACGACCUGGAGACAUCAAAGUGGUGGCUGCACUUGGGGACUCAAUAACGACUGGUUUUGGAGCCAAGGCGAAGAAUCUUCUCGAGUUUAAAACCGAGUAUCCAGGAGUCUCAUGGAGCAUUGGAGGAGAUAAAACUCUUGAAAUUGUCACAACGUUACCCAAUAUCUUGAGGAAAUUCAAUUCUAACAUCAUGGGAAUGUCCAAGGGAAAGGGCAAAAAGCACACUGGCUUUAACAUGGCUGUUUCAGGAGCUAAAAUAGCAGCAAUUCCAACCCAAGUCAGACGCCUUGUUGAUGCCAUGAAAAAAAGCCCUGCUUUGGAUUUUGAGAGAGACUGGAAGCUGGUGACCCUCUUCAUUGGAGCCAAUGACCUGUGUCAGUACUGCAAUGACAGAGCCUCUCUGUCACCUAGGAAUUACAGUCAUCAUAUGAUGACAAGCUUGGAUAUUCUCUACAAAGAGGUCCCCCGGUUGAUGGUAAAUGUCUUGGAGAUACUUGAAAUUGAGGAACUGCGCAGGAUCAAGAGGGACAGUCUUGGUUGCAACGUGUUACAAAAAUAUUCUUGCCAGUGCUUCUUGGAGCCGAGCGAUAGUUCCCCAGAGUUGGCAGAGGUCAAACGGAUCAAUCGAGAAUAUCAGACUGAGAUGCAAAACCUGGUGCACGGAGGACGCUAUGAUGGUAGAGAGGACUUCACUGUGGUUCUGCAGCCCUUCUUCCGAAACUCUGUCCUUGCUGUGAAUGCCGAGGGUAAACCUGAUGUCACUUACUUUUCUGUGGACUGUUUCCAUUUCGCUGAACGGGGACACGCUGACAUGGCUGUAGCCCUGUGGAAUAACAUGUUGGAGCCAGUGGGCAAGAAGCAGACAUACAACAAUUUCACAAAUGACAGAAAUAGCAUCAAGUGCCCUACAAAGGAACAUCCUUACAUUUUCACAAAAGUAAACAGCGCUCCCAGUACAACCCCCGUGCCCACAUCCCCCACCACAGCCUUACCUCUCAGCCCAACUUGCUCAGACAAUGUGCCAAUAUGGACUGCUGUGAUGCUGGCUGUUGGGGGUCUUCUCAUUGGCUGGAUUGUCACCUGGAUCUUCCUCUCCCAUUGGGAGAGGCGAAACAAGAGGAGGAUGCAGGGUGAGGUGGAUAUAAAGGGCACUGGGCUCUAA